AUGGGACAAUUGGAAACCGACGUCGAAUGUCAUCGACGAAUUGUUGCAGCCGCUUCGAGAUUGGCAACUGAUAAAAACACAAAUAAAUCGGUGAGAAAGAAGCGGCAAAAGGAUUUGUUGGCGGCUCGACAGAAAUUGAAUCGAUUGGAACAGGGAUUGCAGCAAAUGCGGCAUUCGGCGAGUAAACCCGAUAUUAGUAGUAUUGCGAGUGAUGGAAGUAAUAGUGAGUUAUCGGAAAUCGGAAAUAACCUAGAUAAAUUGUAUUUGUUCAGAUUCUUGGAAUGUUUCAAGUCAUAGUGCACCAAUGACAAUGGCGAUGACAAAAAGUUGUCCGACGACUCCAAGAGGAUCAAUUCCGGAUUUGAGAAAACAUAAUCAGGAUUAUGAUGAUGAGAAAAGCGAGAUUGAAGAUCAUUCAAUUGAAGAAAGAGUUUCGAGAAGAGCACCAAGGUUGGUAUUUUUGAAUUUGGGGUAAAGGAAGCUUGGAAUUGAGAAAAAAAGAUUUUAUUUGAAAAACCCCGGAUCCCGUUUUCCCACUUCAUCCAAUCAACAUCUCUAACAUGUUUUCCCUUUUCCCUCACCAUUUCUCUCUUUUUUUCAGUGCACUUUCCCGUCAUUCACUUCAACAACGCUAUUCUGGAAUAUCAUCAUCGUCAACAAGUUCAGGAUCGGAUUCAAUUGGCGGCGGACUUCCACCUCGACCCAAACCAUCAUCUGUUUAUACACAAACACCAAUCGAUUGUAUGAUGAUGAUGGAAAUGUCGAGUCCACUGUUAGUAACAAUAAAAGAAAUCCAGAAUGAAAAUGAAAAUCCACAUGCAAUUCUGAGACCGAAAAGAACGAUACCCGAUUAUUUUCCACCGAUUAAAAAAACUCGAACUUGACUUGUGCUUUUUGCUUCUUCUUCUUCUUUUUUAUCCUUUGUUUUUGUUGAUGUUGGGGGAAUAUUGAAUUUGGCGGAGGAAUUGGGCUAAUUUUCAGAUGAAAGAUUAGUUUUGGUCAGAGCCAAUUUUCUUCUGAGUCAGGCCCAAUUCUUCUAGCCCGAUUCAAAAAUCCUCGUUUGUUGUCCCAUUGUUUUCCACAGAUUUUCGGUUCGAGACGAUCUCAUCUCAUCUCACUAUCUAACACUAAUAAAAUCCUUUCCUUUUUUCCACAGCACUUUUUCGUUCCACUAAAAUUUCAGAGAAAGCACUAAUACCACUUUUCAAAAUACCAGAAAUAUUAUAUCCCAAAAUUUCGUUUUCGCAAAAAAAAGUUGAUUUUUUCAGCUACGAAAAUGUGGGAUAUAGAUCAACGUCAUAUCGAAGUAGUUAUCGACAGGCGCAUUAUCCAACAAUUCAAGAUGAGCACACUCAACAACAAAUACAAAAAGAUCGAAAAAGAGCACAAUCUGCGCAUCAAAUUAUUGGAGCUGGAAAUGCUGAGCAAAAUCGAACAUGCACAUAUUCGGUGCCUUUAAAUGAUGCCAAACAAAAGUUUAUUGAUAUGGAUUUUGAUGAGCAGAAUGAUGUUACACCGACUGCUGAUUAUCCGAUGGUUUUGAAUCAUCGAUUGACUACGUCGAUUUCGUGUCAAGGUGGAUUUGCGACUGCGAGUUUGGAUAGAAGGAAGAGUAAUGUGCAAAGGUAGGGGUUUUUGGGAAUUGGAUUUGAAAUUUGGAAAAAAACUGUGAGGAGGGUAAAUAGCACGAAAUUUUAAAAACCAAAAUUUUUCGAUUUUCAAAAUAUAAACUUUUUUCUUUUAUGAAAAUUUGAAGUUUUCAAGUUAAAGGGUUGGUGCUUUCCUGGUGAAAAAAUUGUCUGCAAAAAGGCGUCACAGUGUUGUUUUCAAAGUUGUGUGCAAACACACACACGAAAAUUCAAAAACAAGUUGUGCGCUAGAGCGCAUUUACAUGCUUUAUUUCGUAGGUUUUAACUCGCUUGUGUUUUUGAGGAAAAACAUGGGCUGAAUUGAUACUAGAAUUUUUUCUAAAACUGGAACCUUCCAGGAGCACCUUAUUCCUAUCUAAACCACACAAGAUUCCCUGGCGGAGCACCAACCCUUUAAUUUUAUUUUUUUAGCCUGACUAAAAAUUUUACGGAAUUUUACAAAUUUCAGAAUUAUUCGAGUUUUUUGAAAAUUUUUAAAAAUUAACAAUAACUUGAAAAAUCCGAAAUUAAGAAGUUCAAUACCCAAAACCAUACUUCUUCUUGAGAACUCAAGAAAAAAAAUAAAUUUUUUUUCAGAAUUCCAAUGAAUGGUUCAUCAGAUGAUAUGAUUCGUCAAAGUGUGACAACUCGAAUCACAACAUUUCCCGUCGCUCAACCACAGAACACCGUAAUCCUAGCCGGCGGCAAACCCUAUUCAACAUCCGAAUUGCCACGUUUCCCCCAUCCUCCUCCAGUCGCACGUGUCACUCAUUUGCCACGUGGCUCACUUCCACCCUAUUCUGGUUCACCGUCUGGCGGUGGAGCAAUUCCGAAAACCAAUCCACAAAUGGAGGCAUUAUUAUCGUAUUAUAAACAACAGACAAAUCAACAACAACAACAGCAAAAAAAUGGACAAAAAAGAACGACUGGUCCAAAAACUGCAACAAUUGUAUAA